GCGGCUAGCGGACUUGAGGGUGAGACGCCCGCUUCCCACCGCGGUGUUCGACGGGAUGCCGGAGGGUAGAGGGUGGGGCUGACGUUAGGAGGCAAGAUGGCGGCGGCGGUCGUGGUCUCCUUGAGGCGCGGCUUCCCGACAACCGCUCUCAGCAGAGUCAGCCUGCAGGUCCAGGCCUGCCGAGGGGCACAGACAGCGGCUGCUGCAGCUCCCCGAAUCAAAAAAUUUGCCAUUUACCGAUGGGACCCAAACAAGACUGGAGACAAACCUCGAAUGCAGACUUACGAGGUUGAUCUGAAUAAGUGUGGAUCUAUGGUGUUGGAUGCUUUAAUCAAAAUUAAGAAUGAAAUUGAUUCCACUCUGACUUUCCGAAGAUCAUGUAGAGAAGGAAUCUGUGGCUCUUGUGCCAUGAACAUCAAUGGAAACAACACUCUGGCUUGCACAUGCAGGAUCGACAUGAACCUCAGCAAAGUGUCAAAAAUUUACCCUCUUCCACACAUGUAUGUGAUGAAGGAUCUAGUCCCUGAUAUGAAUAACUUCUAUGCACAGUACAAAUCCAUCGACCCUUAUCUGAAGAAGAAGGACGAGUCUCAGGAGGGCAAGCAGCAGAAUCUGCAGUCCAUCAAGGACCGCGAGAAGCUGGACGGAUUGUAUGAAUGUAUCCUGUGUGCCUGCUGCAGCACCAGCUGCCCCAGCUACUGGUGGAAUGGAGACAAGUACCUGGGGCCUGCAGUUCUCAUGCAGGCCUAUCGCUGGAUGAUCGACUCCAGAGAUGAGUUCAAAGAGGAGCGCCUGGCCAAGCUGCAGGACCCUUUCUCUCUCUACCGAUGCCACACCAUCAUGAACUGUACAAAGGCCUGCCCCAAGGGUCUGAAUCCAGGGAAAGCGAUUGCCGAAAUCAAGAAGAUGAUGCUGACCUAGAAGGAAAAGAGGGCGUUGGCCUAACCCUCUCCAUGCUGAAUGUGGCUGUCAGUUCUGACUUGAGUCCCUUCAGGCUCCUGGAUUUUCCAUGAAUACAGCAUGUAUAAUAAAUAUUUUAAGAAAUAA